AGCCAUUUUGGACUCAGUUCAGUUCUGUGUGCGGUAGAGUCGAAGCACGUCCAGACAUUCUCACACUGCCCGGGCUAAAGAUCCACGCGUGGACAGAUUGUGCAUGAAAAUCCGCGCUGUUUAAUGCUGGAAUCCACGCGUAAGGCGUUUGGACGGGAAUAUCCGUUGUUCCCGAUGGAUUUUCCAUGUGUUAAAGUUUGAUCAGUGGAGUGGACAUCGGGCCGACGGUCACUCGUGUGCGUGAAUGUGUGUGUGUGUUUGCAUGCAUGCGUGCAUGUACGUGAGUUUGUCGUUUUGAAUGUUUGUAAAGCAGAAGAGACUGAACGGGAGAACAUCUGGAGCGUUUCAGAGGAAUUAGAGGAAUAUGUUCGCUUCCCGGAUCACUUUUGCACUUCUUCUGGGAACUUUGUGUGCAGGACCCAGUCAUGGCGAAGUGGAGACCCGUGAAUGUUUGUACUUUAACAUCAACUGGGAGAUUGAGAAGACGAACCGCAGCGGUGUGGAGCGAUGCGAGGACGAGAAGGACAAACGCUCUCACUGUUACGCCUCAUGGAGGAAUAACUCGGGCAGUAUUGAGCUGGUGAAGAAGGGAUGCUGGCUGGAUGACUUUAACUGCUACGACAGGCAGGAUUGUGUGGCCACGGAGGAAAACCCUCAGGUGUUCUUCUGCUGUUGUGAGGGAAACUUCUGCAAUGAGCGCUUCACACACCUGCCCGACGUCACUGAUGGACCAGAAAUUGAGGCUCCUCCAGUCAUGCCGUUUCUGUUGAAUGUUCUGGUGCAUUCUCUGCUGCCCAUCACAAUGCUCUCCACGGCUCUGCUGCUGGCCUUCUGGAUGUAUCGCCACCGCAAGCCACCCUACGGACAUGUGGAUAUCAAUGAGGAUCCCGGUCUGACUCCGCCGUCACCGGUCGCGGGAUUGAAACCUCUGCAGUUGCUGGAGAUUAAAGCUAGGGGGCGCUUCGGCUGCGUGUGGAAGGCUCAGAUGAUAAAUGAACAUGUAGCAGUGAAGAUAUUCCCCAUUCAGGACAAGCAGUCGUGGCAUAACGAGCGAGACAUCUUCUCCACGCCGGGCAUGAAACACGAAAACCUUCUCUACUACAUCGGCGCUGAGAGACGCGGUUCAAACCUGGAGACGGAGUUCUGGCUGAUCACAGAGUUCCACGAGAGGGGUUCUCUGACGGACCACCUGAAGGGAAACGUGGUGAGUUGGAACGAUCUGUGUCGUAUUGCUGAGACGAUGGCGUGUGGUCUGGCGUACCUUCACGAAGAUGUGCUGCGGUUUAAAGAGGGUCCCAAACCUGCCAUAGCCCACAGAGACAUCAAGAGUAAAAAUGUGAUGUUGAAGGCAGAUCUCACGGCUGUCAUUGGUGAUUUUGGUCUGGCGGUUCGCUUUGAACCUGGCGUGCCUCCAGGAGACACACACGGUCAGGUGGGCACGCGGAGGUACAUGGCGCCAGAGGUGCUGGAGGGUGCCAUCAACUUCCAGCGAGACGCGUUUCUGAGGAUAGACAUGUACGCCAUGGGUCUGGUGCUCUGGGAGCUGGUGUCUCGCUGCAAAGCUGCUGACGGUCCUGUAGACGAGUACAUGUUGCCGUUUGAGGAGGAGAUCGGGCAGCAUCCAUCGCUGGAGGACCUUCAGGAGGUGGUGGUGCAUAAGAAGAUGCGGCCGGUGUUUAAAGACUCCUGGUUGAAGCAUUCCGGCCUGGCACAGAUGUGCGAGACGAUCGAGGAGUGCUGGGAUCACGACGCAGAGGCCAGACUUUCGGCCGGUUGCGUGGAGGAGCGAAUCUCUCAGAUACGCCGCGUGACCAGCGGCACUACCUCAGACUGCCUGGUUUCCAUGGUGACGUCGGUCACCAACGUGGACCUGCCACCCAAAGAGUCCAGUAUCUGAUUCACGGCCCUCGUCUUUCCAAACUCAGUGAAUCUCAACAACACCGAUGCAGCUGCUAUUUUAUCCGAACAUUUUUCAACUUGAUUCUUAUGAUUACUCUCGGUUUUAUUUUCUCUACCAGCACACUUCUCGACUGCAUUUUUAGCAUAAGAGCAAACACAGGAGAUUUUUAUUCAAAACACAAACAGAGAGAGGACGUCUCGACGCGCAUUCAGGUGCCGACAAAUGAAUGCAGGCCGUGCAGGUACCUCAACAUUUCACUUCUGCGUUUCGUUGGAUUUUUUCCCCCGCGUCGUUCUGUCGCCGGACACCAUCGCCUGUGAUGGGAUUUGAACACUGCUGCAAACCCGCGAGGAUCAUUAAGACUGUUACAAGCGCAAUUAAACUUCCUCGUGGGACACACCUUUUUACUUUCACUUUCCGACAGUGCGUGAUAUUCAAAAUGAUGGAAAUUGUGUCUUUUACGGAACUAACGGGUGUCGGAGAACACAGACAAAGACGACUGGACUGAAUUUCUUUCCUUUGUUUCUGUUUUGGUGACUGUGAAUUGAGUUUUGCUGGAAAUUUUCUCGAGUGGAUUUGCCUGAAAUCUCUGCGCUGGGUGGCUUGCAUAUGGGAAUAUCAGAGAUGAUGAGAACAUUUACUUUGGUACGGGAAUCUUACUCAGGUAUCUCAUGUCACGGGGUUGUGGGUCCAUGACUGCCUUUCCCACAUCAUCACUAGGACAGAAAUAUUAUGGUGCCCUCAGAAUUUGAACACUAAAUAUCAAAAAAAAUACAUGCAAGACCAUGAUGUGUGUGUGUGUGCGCUCGAGUGUGUGUGGUGUUAAAAGCUGAUGAAAUGGUUUGGCUGGUGUGGUUGUGAAAACCGAAAUUUUUGUUUUGUUUCUGUCUGUAAUCUCUUGUAAUAACGUCAUGUGUUUAGAUAUUUGCUUCAGUCUGUCUCUGUGUGCGUGCGUGUGUGAAAACAGCUCAUCGUUCACCUCAAAAUCAAAAGGAAAUAAGAAAAUUUAUUUUGCAUAAAUUAAGAGUUUGACAAUAUACUUAUUUCAUCAAUUUUUAUAAAUAUCAUGUUUUAUUUGCCAUUUAAUUCAUAUUACUAUAAGAUAUUGCAGCGAUUGAAUUUUUUCAUCAGCAUAUAUGAGAUGUGAACAGAAUUUCUUACUUUCUUUUGAUAUGGUGAAGACGUGGGCAGGUUUUGGUGAGAUUCGCGCAGAAAGUGUUUGGAUUUGUGUCAGGUCCCUACAUGUAUUACCUCUUCUAACAGGGACCAAAUUUGACUUCAACAUCCUGCAAUAUUGACACACGGAUUCAUGGGCUAAAAACUUCGACUUCGAUCAAGUGAAGAAAAAGGAAACAAUGAAUGCAGAAUAUUUAUUUUGUCCUAAAAGUGGUAGAUUGUAAUCUGCGUUUCCAUAUGCCAUAAUUCAAGCGAGAAUUUCCACAGUGCUGCUGUUUGGGUGGUGAUAUAUUCUGGUUUCUCCUCAGUAAACAUCAUCCUCAGACGCGAUCGCGCCUCACCAGAAACGAAAAGGCUUCCGAGACGAAAGAGCGCAACGUAAAACAAUAACAUUUGUUGUAAAAGGACAAAAAAAGUGAAAGAUGUUGUUCAUGAACCACAGACCACCUCAGACCAGAAAUACCUCAGAUUUUCUAAGUGUAUGACUUCUGUUAUAUAUUUUGUUAGUUGUGUUGUAGUAAGUAUAUUUUGGUGUACGUUUGAUUUUAUGAUAGGGAAGACGUUUAAAAAAGAUAAAAAAAAACAAUGUUUGAAGAAGUGCUACCAUGUCGUGUUGUAUAAAAGAGAGAAGCCCAUGAUGUAAAUAGCUGUAUACAGUUGUAGAAUUCUGCCGAUGUGAUAGCGGGCAUUGUUCUUCAUUUCAGCUGAGCUAUCUUCCUACACGCUUCUCUUGCGUCUUUUACUUCAGGGGACAUUGAACCUUAAAUGUUUGGCGCUUCUUACAAAAACUCAAACGCCCCAUUUGUACUUGCACAAUUUUGUACGAAACCCUCCGACGGGGGACGAAUUUUUCGAAAGCAGACUUAAGAAUGAAGUGCGAUGCGACCUCGCUCAAAGCACCCUUACCAAAUUACCUUCGCCCCAAAUGCACGAUUGAAAAAAACAAACAAAGUUCAGACAGAGUGAGCUUUCAUUACAGGGCCAAAUAAAGGUUUGGUGUCCCUACAGUGCCAUUUCACUCUCUGUACCCAUGAUGCACUGCAGCGGUUGCUUCUAGAGCUUUAAGUUCUCUUUAAUAGUGCCAUAUAUCAGGAGUGAGACCGAAGGUCAGAAUGUUGUCGAGCUAUUUUUUUUCCUCUUGCUCCGGUGUGAUUUCGCUUCGGUGACGUCUGGUUCCAAGCGUGACUUGGUGAGCCUAGUUUUGCUUUUCGUGAGUACCGUAUGUUCCACUUUCCAUCUCAGACAUUGAGACUUUCAGGAAUCUGCAUUUUCUUCAGGUUACCGUGGUGCUGAUGCCACUUUAUCAAGUAGGAAAGUUCAGAUGAUUCUGCAAUUGGCUCAGAUGAUGUAGCAAGCAAUAUCUCCAGCAAUAGUUUGUGCGUUCUCUCUGUAGAACCUCUGGGCAUUGAUAUAAACUUUCAGGCGAUCUACCAAAAGGAUUUGAACGGUUAAUUGCUGUUUGAUGACAUGGAUGGAAACCGGCUGUCAUGUUCCACUGGACUGACCUCCUUGUUUUGAUCAAAUAACAUACGAUAUGUAGCCAAAUUCCUUGCAUUUCUACAUCUGCAAGUUUAUAACCAAAGGGUUUUAUUCUUUUCUUUUUUUUUACAUUCACGCUACAUUUGUCCGUCUGUACAUUGUCCUAUCGUUUAUAUUUCGCACCGUUGACUUAGUUACACAGAAAUGGAAAGUGGUUUGUUUUUGACGAGCUGUUUUCACUGGACUGUGUGCUGUAACCGUGUUUAAUUGGAUUGAGCAGCGAGAGCUCGUUUUUGCAUCACGAGAGACGUGAUUUAUGCAAUACACUUCAACACUUCAUUAUGCACUAAAACACUCAGUAUUUCUUAAGUAUCUUCAGCCAUAUUUGAACCUGAUUAAAGAAAUGAUAUUUCACAGCUUUUGGACAGAGUUUGACAUUAAUACAACGCAAAACCACAAAUAGCAUCUUUACAUUUGGAAAUCUUUCUCAGGGUCACAAAUGUGACAAAAUCCUUUGACUUUGGGCUGAAAUAUGACCUGGAGAUUCUCCGGACAGAUUCUGUGAGAUCAGAACGUUUGUCUUUCCGCUUUUUCAGUUUCGUGUUCACCGGUGUUUGAUUUGAAGCUCAUCUGCUGGUUUAUGAGUGCAACGAUGUUUUCAUAUUUCAUAUCAGGAGUGUUGAGAACCUCUGGCCUUUAGAAAGACUCUGAUGUGCCUGUUUGUGUGAAUACUGAAGCAACCGCUGUUGUGCUGGCGUCACAUUCUCUUCCUCCGCCUCUCACCUUCUCUUAUACCUUGCAGAAAAAGCUAUAAAAAUAUACAGUAUAUAUGAAAAGUAUCUAUGUAUGUAUAAACUCUAAAGUGACCAGCUGUAACUCUGGAUACAAUCUUUGGUCCGGAUUUUCAGGAAGCCGAUACCUCAGAACUCACGUGAAACAGUGUUGCUUAGCUGGAUUGUUGUGACUGUACACUCAUUCAUAACACAAACCACCAACCUCUUUUUAUACUGACGUGAUGUGUAUGAUGACGCCCUCGACAGCUACAUAACCUCUCUCCUCUCGCUCUCGGACUACAGCUGCUGAAAACUAAAUUCUGAUUUUAGUCUGUUGGGUCGAGAAAACUGAACUCAAGUCUCAAAGGUUGAUAUCAGGAUAAAUAAAGGAUCACAAUAAUGUUCGAGCAAGUAGUGUUAGGUAAAUCUCGAGCCUUAUUCUUCAGAUUUUAAGAUUUGGCUCUUCAUCAUUGGAAUGUUAAAGUCAACCCAUGAAUAAAUGCGUGAGGUGCAUGAGAAGCCACACACGCACGAGAUGAGAGAGGUUUUCUCGGAUGCCUUGUCAAGGGGUGAUCUUUCAAAUGCUGUUUCUUUACCAGAAUAUGUGAAAUGUACAUGUUGUAGGUUAUCUCUCACUAUUGUAGCUGAACCCGUAGAACACACAUGACUUGUACUACUGAUUUUAACACGAAUAUACUGAAGUCUGUAUGAGACGAGAUGCAUACAGAGAGUGGAGCUUGUUGCUUUUAAAUCCCAUUUUUGGACUGAAGAGAAUGUUAAAGUUCUACAUCUAUCAGAUGCCCGGGUCAAAUCCACAACGCUCGUAUUGCCGUAAUGAACUGCGGAUUUUCUUGAAAGAUCAUUGUAACAUAGUUCUUUAAUUUGCAGUGAACCAUUGUUCCUUUUUACUGUGGUAAUUUUAGAACUCCGUGUCCAGAUCUUGGACUAGAUUUGUCUAGUUGUUGGGAUGUGGUUGUUUCUACUCUGCAUUGGUGCCAGAAUAAACCAGUAUGAAUGUAGUAUUUGCCCAGUGUGAAACAACGACACCCUGACUGUUAGAGAAUAAAUACUAGAAAGGAUUAAUUCAACUUUAUCUUUUUGUAUAUGAAAGUAAACAAUAAAUACUGAUAAAGCAUCA